AUGGUAUCAGGACCCGUUAAUAAUCAUCAUAAUCCCGAUGCCUAUACAAACGUAAUGCAAGGCCAAGCAUUAUUGAAUGGUAAUCAAUUACCAAAAAUAAUUUGGAAUCAAAUUAAAAUUCUUAUUAUAUCAAAUAAAGAUGAAUUUGAUAUUGAACGUGAUAUGUUAGUAACAGAAACUUUACCAAAAUUACAACAAUAUUUUUUAACACAAGGCAUUUAUGUUUAUUUUAUUGAUUGUAAUUUAAAUUGGAAUUUUGAUUUAUCAAAAAAUCCAUAUCAUAUAUUACGUUAUAUGAAAGAUAUUAAAGAUGCUUAUCAAACAUCAACUGGACAUUUUUUAUUAACUUUUGUUGGAAAUAAAUAUGGUCAAAUUGUUUUACCUAUUGAAUUAUCAACUAUUGAUUUUAAUAAUAUAAAAAAUUCUGCAUCUGAUUUAGGCAAAGAUAUUAAGUUACUUGAACAAUGGUAUUUAUUAGAUGAUAAACUUUUUCCACCAGUAUAUAAAUUAAAAGAUCCAGAUGAAAACUUUUCAAAUAUUCCAUCACGUUCAAUAUCAACAUAUGAUAUAAAUGCAUGUGAAAAUCAAGAAUGGAAUGAUGCAUAUCUUAAUUUAGUUGAUCUUUUUUUAAGCGUUUUAAAUGAAAAAUCAAAUAUAAAAUCUAUGUAUGAUAUUCAACUACUUUCAUGUGUAGAAAUGUUAUUUAAUUAUUCGAUUAAAUUAUCUCCAUCUGGUUCUAUGUGUAUUUUAAGACAGCUUGAUGGUUUAAAUGAAAAAAGUAAAGGUAAUGAACAUUAUAUUGAUUUACUUCCUGGUGGUCGUUUGGAUAAGAUUCGUCAAGAAAAAUUAAAACGUUUUCGUGAAUCUAUAAUAAAUAAAUUAUCAAAUAAUAAUGAUAAUAAUGAUUUUAAAAUUGAAGAGAAUCGUACUAUACUUAAUAUACCAUGGAAAGAUAAUGGUGAAAUUCAAUCUGAUGAUUCUGAUUAUCAACGUUAUUUGCGUACAUUAAAUGCAUCAAUAUUUUUACGUAUUAAAUCAUUAAAUCAACAUUUUAAUGAUUUAUCUAUAUUAAAUCAUUUUAAAAAUUCUGAACAAAUUUUUUAUAAUGAAAUUCUUAUACAUUUAACAUAUUAUUCAAAAUAUUCAUUAUAUUCAUGUCUUGGUUUUGAUUAUUUUAUUGAAAAUAAUUAUUCAUUUAAACAAUGGUUUACAUUAGCAAAUACAAAUGAACAUUAUCCAUUUAUGAUAUUUGGUAGUCGAGCAUCAGGAAAAACAUUAUUAUGUACAAAAAUAGUUCAAUAUCUUUUAAAUAAUUUAGAAAAAAAUGUUCAAUGUAUAAUACGUUAUUUUAAUUUAACAACAAAAUCACGUAAUAUUGUUGAAAUAUUUUCAUCAAUAUGUACACAAAUGAGUUCAUUUGAAAAUGCACCAAUAUUAAAUAAUGAACAACAAAUUAAUUAUAUUGAAUAUUAUCAAACUAUUUUAACAAGUUUAUCAAAACAACAAAAACCAUUUAUAUUAAUGAUUGAUGGUAUUGAAGAAAUAUCACCAACAAGUCAACAUAUAUCAUCUAUUGGAUUUUAUCAAGCAUUACUUCAAUUACUUCCACCGAAAGUUUAUGUUAUAUUAUCCGUGAGUCGAAGUGUUCAUUUAUCGUCUUCCAAUGAUAUGCAAAUUCGUGAAAUGAUUGAACGAAUUGAAAAAGAAAAUUGUCUAAUUGAAUUACCUUUUUUAAGUGAAGCAAUAACUAGUCAAGAUUUAACAUCAUAUAUAAAAUCAGAAUUAAAUUCCAUUCAACAAAAUGUAAAUGAUUCAGCUUUACAAGCAUUAUCAAAAUGUGUAUAUCAACAAUUAGAUAAACAAUCAUAUAUAUUUUAUCUUUUACGUCUUGUUUUACAUGAAAGUUAUUUAAGUUAUUUAUCACAACAAAAAAAACAAUUAUAUUUAACAAAUUUAAAUAUCGAUGAAAUACUUAAUGCUUAUAUUGAUCAUUGUGAACAAAAAUUUGGUCGAAAAAUUUGUUCAUUUAUAUUUAAUUAUAUUAGUUCAUCACAAUCAGCUAUUGCUGAAAUUGAAUUACUUGAUAUAUUAUCAUGUAAUAAUGAAUUUUUUUUAGAAUAUUUUCCCAAAGAUUUACCAAAGCAUUUACGUUUUCCACCAUCAUUAUGGAUUGCAAUUAAAUAUAUCUUAGGUCCACUUUUAUCUGAAAGAUAUUUUGAUUUAAAAGUUGUUAUUUGUUGGAGUCAUUCAUUUAUUCGACGACAUAUGAAACAAAGAUAUUUAAAACGAGUUGAAGAUAUCAGAAUUGCCCAUCGAGACAUUGCCAAUUAUUUUCUUGAAGCUUUUAUUGAAUCAAAACCAUUGGUUGAUAUGAAUCGAAAUGUUCAAAUUAGAGGAGAUAGUGGUCGUCGUUUUAUCUUACAACAACCACUUCUUUACUCGGAAACAACAUAUAAUUAUCGACGACUAGGUGAAUUAUGGUAUCAAUUAAUGCAUUCUGGUGAUAUUGAUCGUCUAAAAGAAUAUACAUUAUGUUGUUUUGAAUAUUUAUUAUCAAAAAUUCAUGGCCUAUCAAUUGAACAACUUCUAUGGGAAUUUGAUAUAAUUUGUAGUAAUAUUCUUGAUGCUGAUGUACUUCUUGUACAAGCUACAAUAAAAAAUGUUGCAAAUAUUAUUUCAAAUGAUCAAAUGUUAUUUGCUGGAGAAAUUAUUUUACGAUUAAAAAAUAUUAAAAAUCGUUAUAGUGAACAUAUUGAAUCUUUAUAUAGUCAAGCAUAUGAAUGGUGUGAAUCAUGUGGUGCAUCUGUAUUUGUACCACUUUCAUCAUGGCUAUCAACAAUUCCACCAAUGAUAAUUACAAUUUUACCAUGUAAUGAUGGAGCAUUUAAAAUAGCUCCAACAACAUUUAAUCAACAUGUUUUUUGUACAACACGACAUAAUGAAAUAGCUAUGUAUCAUAUACCAUCAAAAAAACUUGUUAAAAAAUUUACUGGUCAUACGGAAUUAAUAACAUCAAUUCGAUUAACAUAUAAUAGUAAAUUUUUAAUAUCAGCAUCAACAGAUCGAACUAUAAAAUUAUUUAAUCUUAAUUCAGGAGAUUUAGAAAAUACUUAUAAUAUUCAUCAAGAUGAAAUACUUUGUAUGACAGUUUCACAUAAUAAUGAACAAAUAGUGACUGGUUCAUGUGAUCGAUUUAUUGUUGUAAUUCGUCUUGAAACAGGUGAAGUUGAACAUUCAAUAGAACAACAUACAGAUGCUGUUACAGCUAUUGCUCUUACACAAGACGAUACUAUUUUAAUUUCAGCUUCACGCGAUCAAACUAUUAAACGGUGGACUUUUCGUGGAAUGCAAUUAGUUAAUACAAUCGAUAAAAUAGGAUCACCUAUUAGACAUAUGAUUAUUUCAACUGAUGAUACAUUUAUUAUUGUUGCUUGUGAUGAUACAUCAGUUCAAGUUAAAUCACUUGUAACUGGAAGUGAUAUUCAUAAUCUUGAAGGACAUUCAUCAGAAGUUACAAGUCUUUCAGUAUCACAUGAUUCAAUGUGUUGUUAUGUUGGUUGUAGUAAUGCACAUAUCUAUGUUUAUAAUCUUCGUUCACGUGUUCUUCUUCGAAAAUUAAAUUAUCAUGAUUCAUCAGUCAAUGAUCUUUAUAUAUCAACUGAUGAUUAUUUUCUUUUCUCAGCAGCCGAAAAUGCAAUACAUGUUUUGAAUGUUAAACAACAAUUUAAUGAUUUUUCUGGUAAUGAUUUAUCAUCAUCAUCAUCCUCAUUAUCAUCAGAUUCUAUAACAGCAUUAUCAAUAUCACGUGAAGGUGAUGUAGCUAUAGCUGGUUGUGCUAGUGGUAUUGUUCAAUUAUUUAAUUUAAUCAAUGGUGAAUUUACUGAACAAAUUGUUGAUCAUCGUGCACCUGUGACACAAGUUGCACUUUCACAUUCAUAUUUAUUUUCAUUAUCUGGUUCAAGAGAUACAACAGUUAAAGUUUAUGAUAAUGAAAUGGGAGAAAUUGUUGCUGAAUUUACUGCUCAUUCAGCUGCAAUAUCACACUUACGUAUAUUAGAAGAUAAUCGAAAGAUUUUAUCAAGUGAUGAACAAAAUUAUAUAAAAACAUGGUGGGCAAAUACCGGUGAAUUGAUUGAUUCGUACAAUGUCCCAUGUAAAAUGCUCGGUGUUUCUCCUGAUGGAAAAUAUGUUGUAUCAGGAAAUGGAGAUAAUAUUUUAAAAAUUUGGUCAUUGGAUGAUGCACGUGUUGUACGUUCAAUUGAUCAUACAGAAGGAAAAAUUACAUGUAUGGCUUUUCGAACAGAUUCACAAUAUUUAGUUACAGGUGGUGAAGAUUUUAGUUCUAAAUUAUGGGAAUUAUCAUCGGGAAAAUUAACACAGGUUCUUGUUGAACAUGAACAAUCUAUUUCAGCUGUAGUAAUCAGUGAAGAUGGAAAACAUGUUUUAACAGGUGACAAAAGUGGCGAAGCAAUUAUUUGGUCAUUUAAAGACGCUUCUCAAGAUGGUCUUCUUUCUGCUUGGUCUACUAUAACUGGCAUACAUCUAGCUACAUUUCAUUUUAAUCAAAAUCUAGUUAAAUUACUUGUUUCACAAAGUGGAGCUCGUUAUGCAGCAAUUCUACAAAAUUCACCAUGUGUUGCUAUGCUUAGUCUUUUCAAUAUACCAUUUAGUGAUGCAUCGAGAAUGGCACAACGUCAUAGUCAGAAUAUACACAAUACAAUAUUACCAAUAAAACCCAAACCAUUACUUUAUCCAAAAGAUUCAAUGAUCUUGACUGAUUCUCGAGAAAGUUCAAAAAUUGAUCAACUUGGUGGCGAUUUGAUACUUAUUAUAACAAUGAAUAUAGAAAAUUUCGAAUAUGAUACUCUCUAUAUAAUCUUAACAUCCAAUAUAUGCAAUGGUCCUGUGAUUAAAUUUAUUAUUCGUUUCCAUAUUCUAUAUCCAUGGUUAUUAUUUCCAUUUGGUUUUAUUGGUUCAUUAUUAACAAUAUUAAUAUUUACAAGGAAAAAAUUUCAAAGAUUUGGUUGUUCAAUAUUAUUUGUUGCAGAAAGUGUUAUGGAUUUAUUAUUAAUUACAAUAAAUUGUAUUCAUCUUAUUAUACUUUAUACAUUUAAAUCUUAUUUUUUUCAACGUACUAUUUAUUUAUAUCGACUUUAUAAAUUUUCAACAAAUUAUUUUUCCCAUUGUGCCGUAUGGAUUUUAUGUGUCAUAUCACUUGAACGAGCUGCCGUCACACGACAUUCUGUUUGGAGUCAAAAUGUUUUUAAUCGUAAACAUUCAUAUUGUACAUUAGUUAUCAUAUAUACAUUAUUAUUUUUUCUUAAUAUGCAUUAUUUAAUAUUUUUUCAUCCUGAACCAGUAAAAUCCAGUGUAUGUAUUUAUAAUGAAACAGAAAAAAAAUUAUCAAAUAUGCGUAGUACAAGUUCAAUUGGAGCAUCUGUUGUCGUAUAUAGUUUCUAUUUGAAAUUUCUUUCAUCUGGAAUGGAUUUUCUUAUAAAUUCUUUAAUACCAUUUAUAAUAAUCUUAAUAGCUAAUGCAACUGUUAUGUAUUCUGUUUGUAAAUCCAAUAUAGAAAUGAAAGAAUUAGGUUUAAGACAAACACGUUCACCACGUGAUACACAAUUGGCAUAUAUUUUAUUUGUAUCAACAUUACUUUUUCUCUUAUUAACAUUUCCGUUACGAGUUUUUUCUGUUAUUGAACCAUAUUUGAAAUAUGAUAAAGAAUAUUUAAUUUUAUUGGAUGGUAUUAUGAGAUUUUUAUUAUAUCUUGAUCAUGGAUGUGGAUUUUAUUUGUAUACAUUCACUGGCGAAUUAUUUCGUCGUGAAUUUAAAAGAUUUUUUAAUGACUUUUUAUUUUUAAUUUUUCGAUCACGUUUUUAUAAUUCGUCAACAAUUGAAUCUCGUCGUCAAAGUGAAAUAAGUGGUUCAAAUGGUGUUUCUAUUUUUGUACAAAUAGUAUAUUCUACUCACCACCAAUCUAAUCAGCAAGAACAACAUGGAAAUGAUAAAUUAAAAGAUUCAUCAAAUAAUUGUGGAACAAAUAAAUCAUCGUUGCAUCCAUUACAAUUACAGAAAACUUUCUAUAAAACACCAUUUCAUCCACAAUGUGCUUAUAGUAGGCCGCGUCAAAUUCGUUCUUUUUCAAGUUCACCAUCCCAUUCAACAGUGAUUCCUAAUGACGAACAGAAACGUUUAUUUAAAAUGAAUACUACUAAUAAUAAUGAUACUAACCAAGUCCGUGUUGUUAAACGACAUAGUUUAUCUUGUUUUGAUUUUCCAUUUCAAACUUUAACAGUAUCAGUGACAUCAUCAAAUAAUCUAGAGUGA